AUGACCGCAGCAUCUAGAGCUAUACGUGCUAACCGAAGAGCUCAAGGAAUAGAACCUUCCACAUCCACGCAAAUCAACUCUUCCUUAGACGGAUCAGACAUGGCACCAGAAGAAGACUCCAACAUCGGCAACGACUCGGAGUCAACCGAGAUACUAGCUCAGGCCAACGCAAACAACAACGGCCAGAUGAACCAAACCGCGAUGAACAGACAUCAGGGUAACCUAGAUGACGAUCAUCAAAGUAACGAUAUUGUAGAUGAAAACCCUAACGAAGAUGAGAACCCUAGCGAAGAGGACAAUCCUAGAAACAAUGAGGACAAUGAACCAAGUAGUGAGUCAGACGGUGCAACUGCUCGUCAAUCUUCAAACGAGUCUUCCGAAGUAUCAGAAGAAGAUCCAGACAAACCCGAUUCUAGCAACGACUCAUCUCAAGUCUCAGAAGACGAAGGAGACUCAGACGACUCAAGCAGCGACUCUGAAGCACCUAUCCCAUCUAAUCCCUCCAUCUUGUCCGGAUCUGGGUCGGGAGGAAGCUCAGAUGGAGAAUCUAGCUUGUCCGGAGGAGAAGAAGAUUCCGAUUCAGAAGAAGAUGGAGUCACUAGAAGAAAGAGAAGAAGAAGAAUGUCUGUAGACAAGAUAACGAAGCUACUAGCUCAGCUAAAGAAAGAAAAGUCUAAAGCGAAGAAAACAACCAAGUCGAGGAAGAAAAACAAGAAACACAAGACUGGUAAGAAAGAAAGCAGAGGGAAAGGAAAAACUUCAAAGAAGUCGAAAAAGAAGAAAACAAUCGAGAUAGACAUCGGUGUUGUUCCUUCUGGUGACUUAGUACAAUUACAGCCAUUCUGGUCAGAUCAGAUGGAUGAAUUAAACACAUCCAUCCCCCUUACUGUUUUCGACCAGAAUUUCGCUAGAUUGGAUAAGAGCAAGGUCAACAAAGGCCUCGAGGCUCCGUCAGAAUACACCCAAUCCUUCGGAGAAUGGUCCAAGAACAUGAGCCUGUUUAGACGCUAUUUAACAGGAUACUACGGCCAAGCUCCUUUAGCAAAACGGUUGAGACUACACAUAGACAAUGUAAAGUCAAUCAAGCGAUCCACAGAAUGCUGGUUAACAGCCCUUAGAUAUGAUAUCUUAGUUCAAGCACAAAUCUUUGUGAAACGAGGAGAGAAAGAGAAGAUGAAAGACAUUGGAACGUUAGCGGAAAAGUAUCUGAAUCAGGCGAAAGACAAAUCCUUGAGAGCCGGUGAAGCGAACUGCGGUGAUACCAACCCUUACGCAAAAGGAGGACGAUUGGAGUUCAAACACCCAGAAACCGGCACUUGGAGACAAACAACACAGCCAACAGCUUCCUCUAGCAACAACAAGAGAGUCGUAGUAGAAUCAGACACUCAACCGUUCAAGAAACGAAGAGGAGCGAAGCGUAACACAAACACCACCCAAUCCUCUGUCAGCCACCACACACCAGUGGCUCCAGAGCGCCACUUUGCGACACACCAUGGCCUACCUCCCAACCCGAUGUCCUAUCAAGGACUUCGUCCCAUACCUCCAACGGCCCCUAUGGCAGCUAACAGAUUCCCCGGUAGAGGAGGACGAGGAGGUCAUAGAGGAAAUUGGAGAGGUGGUAGAGGAGGUAUACAUAACGUUGGCCAAGAAGGGUGA